AUGGGCAUUCUAGACACAAACUGGGACGUGGCCAGCCACGAGGAGCUCUCGCAGGAGGACAUUCAUCGCGGGAGCGAAGGUCGAGACAAUCGGGUCCAUGACUCGCUCACGACGCUCUCGGACGGCGCAUCGCAGAUUGUCUCGGUCAAGCUUCGCCACGACUACUCGUUCCGGCGCCUCGUCUUUGACUUUACACAGCAUUCGUCAUUCAAUCUGUUUAUGGUCUUUAUCAUCUUGCUCAACACGGCCAUGCUGGCGAUGGAGACGUCACCGGAUCUGGUUGUGAGUUAUGGCUGGUACAUGGAUGCCGUGGACUCGAUCUUCCUGGGAAUCUACAUCUACGAGUUCGUCCUGAAGAUCUAUGCCUGGGGACGCGACUACUUUCGUUCGGGCUGGAAUGUGUUUGACUUUUUCGUUGUGGUUUCCAGCCUCUUGGCUUGGCUUGUGCCUGGAAUCCUGGCCAUCACCUCGAGCAGCUACGACACCAGGCUCUUCCAGGCGCUCAAGAUCUUUCGUGCAAUUCGUGUGAUCCGUGUUCUGCGAGUGCUCAAAACGGUGUCGUUUCUGAAGAGUCUCCAAGUGAUUGUGACGACGCUGCUGAAAUCCAUUCCGGCCAUGGGCAACAUUGUGCUUCUCGCGGGCGUCGUCAUGUAUAUCUUUACUGUCAUUGGCACCCUCACUUAUGGAAGCGUCGAUCCUCGGCGCUUUGGCAGUCUCGGCAGCACAUGUUUCCGCCUCUUUCAGAUCCUGACCCUGGACACCUGGAGCUCGAUCUACAUCGACAACAGAGACACUGCGCCAGAUGUGUGGUGGUUUUCGGCGAUAUUUAUCGUUCUGGAGAACUUUGUGUUUCUCAACCUGUUUGUGGCCGUCAUCGUCAACAACCUACAGUCGUCACGAGCGAAAAAUGCCCUGGAUAUCCGCACGGCACGAAGGAAGCAGAGAGAGGACGAGGCGCUGGCGUUUCUCAAAAUGACGGCCGAGUCGCAGCAGCAGCUCAAGACCACGACGGAUAUGCUGGAAACCACCCAGGACCAGCUUAUCGACGACAUCAUAGAGGAGGAGUGCGGUAUCGACAACUACUACUCGCCCAAUCUGCCCGAAAGGCAAAAGGAUCUCAUGAGCACUUACUUCAAACUCCUAGCCUCACUGGAGCAUACCCUCUAUGCCUACGAGAGGCAGCAGAAAGUUCUGGACAACCUCGUCGAUCUCAUCAAGGAAGAGAAGCCUCCCUUCCCGACUCGCUUUGGCCAAGAUCUGCACUGGACCCUCCAGCGAGCACAUCCCGAAUCGAGCGUACCUGUCUGCACGCCAAACUCAAUGACCUCGAUCGAAGAUCUGGAUCUCCCUCGCACUAUCAUCAGCCGGGUCAUCAAAACAGUGGUCCCCGAGCGGGUGCUGGUCCGAGAAGAUGCUCGGCUGGCCAUGACAAAAGGAUGCACCGUCUUCAUCAACUAUCUGGCGGCAACCGCCCAUGAGGUCGCCAAGCAAUCGAACCAUCGAACAAUCACUGGAGCACACAUCAUGAAGGCGCUGGAGAUGAUCGACUUUGAUGACAUGAUCCCGACGCUCAAGCCAAGCGUCGAGAAUUUCGUCCAGGCUAACCGGGCCAAGCGCAAGCAGUACAAGCUCCGGACCAAGGGCGAUGCCACUGAUGCACACGAUGGCGAAAACGAGGACGGUGCUCCGGAUGGAGAUGCAUCGUUUGUAUCCGCCGCCUUGGCGAGCGAUAACGAGGACGACGAUGCUGACGAUGCCGACGAUGCCGACGAUGCCGACGAUGGCGGCGAUGCCAUGGACGAGGACGAGGGCGAAGAAAAUGCCGACGACAACGGGUCGGUCGCCGGUGUCGUUGAUGCAAGCAGAAGCUCGUCGCUGGUGCCGUCCAAGCGCAAGUCCAGCUCGACUUCAACACCCUCCAAAGAGACCAAGAUGGACAUGGAGAACGACAGCGAGGAGCUGAGCGAUGUGGGCGACGACGAUAGCGAUGACGAUGAAUAG